UAUAAGACUUCGUCUCACUCUUUUAUUUUAGAAAAAAACUGAAUACAAAAACCGUUUAUUGAAGUUAGAAAGCGGCGGUUUGUUUUAAUUAAAAUGAUGAACAGAACAGAACUAACAUAUUGCCUCAAGUUAACGCCAUGCUAAACACCAUAUGUGAAAGAAUUUCAUUGAUGGCAUUGUGUUGAAAAUAAAAAAUACUCGUUUUGUUUUCCUUUGAAACUUUUCAGUUUCAGCCUUUAAAUUCUUCAUCGAUGGUCCUCGAUUUCAUUUUUCUGAAUUAUCUUCAGCCUACGCAGUGACAUUUAAACUUGUUACAUGCCUCGAUUUUUUAAAAAAAGACGACCAAUAAGUCCAUUUUCAUUUCAAACAACAAUUUUUAUUUAAUUUUCUGAUUUAUUAAUAAAAACAGAAUUACUUGGAAAAGUCCCCCCAAAAAAGUAAUUUAUUUGGAUAGCUGACGGACAUAGUUUAAAUAAUCUCAAAUUUAUUCAACUGGAUUAGCAUUUUGGCUUUCCUUUGAAACUGAUGUCGGUUGAGUUACAAUUUGAACCAAGGAAGAAGAAAGGAGAAGUUAAAUUGAAUCGGAUAUCAGUUUGAAGCUCCAUUUCAGUUUAACUCAGUUUUCGCAGCCAUUUUUGGCACGUCUGUUGAAAAAGUUCUCUGCGUAAUAAAAUCGAAAUCUGUUACCACCCACUAAUUCCACAGUGCAGAAUUUUUAAUAUCAAAUUUAAAAGGCCAGUUUUUCAGUUUUUAUGCGGACAUUUUUUUCUUUAAAUCCUUGAUGCAGUUAUCAGCAGUAAUUAAACUUUUUGAAAGCUUCAAAACUAUCUUAUUUUAGAAAUGAAACCAAGUUUUACAUUUUGUAUUUGUUAACUUUUGUUUCAUAUAGUUUAUGUUGUCUAUAGUUAAUUUUUUUAACCUGGUUUAGAAUUGGUGGUUUGCAUUUCUCAGAGCAUUUGGUGAUCUCGCCGAUUUUAAUAGCUAGAAACUCAACGACCAAAGAUAUUGAAGUUUUAUUUUGCAACCGCUACAUCUGAUUACAAUGUGAGAAACUGUCGAAUAACUUGAUUUUGAAUCCUUAGAUUUUCUUUAUGGUCACAAAGUCUUAUAACCUUACUCUUUGUUACACUUGUGACCUUAUUCAUAUCUCGACUUUGGCUCAGUUUUAUUGUCAACUAAAUUGAAUCUUAGAAUUGAAACAUUCAAUGCUCCUAUAUUUAUCAAAUUGAAGACAAUUUAAAGUUUUUCAAUUGAAAACAAUUGCCAGACACGCACGAAUAACUCGAUCCGAUCUACCCGAUUUGUUUCCGCAUCACAACGCCAGCGACAAUAAACUUCCAUCAAACAAGAUUCGGAUUACAAAAAAAAAUUACCACUGUGAUUUCACGCUGACUUCUUAGCAUCCGUGCAAUCUAGCGUGAGAAUCAGAGUGCAUUUGUCACUUUCCUAGCAUGAUGCAUUCGGGCGUGCGAAACUUCAUGUUAUUUGUGGUGCUCGUGGUGAUGUACUGCAUGUUCAUGACUCUGAGUGCGAUGGUGUUGAUAGAAGUCGAGAAGCCGUUUGAGGAUGACUGGAGGCAGAGGAUGAAUACUUUGAAGAGCAGAUUGAAUGAAUUGGAGUGUAUCACCUCUGACGACAUUGAGGAGUUGAUAUUGGAGGUGGAGAUUGGUCAACUGCAUGGGUUUUCCUCCUCUGGCGACAUGAACAAUGACAAUGGGUGGUCCUUCGGGGCAUCUCUCCUGUUCGCCACCAGCAUCGGAACGACAGUCGGUUAUGGCAACUUAGCCCCGGGAACAGUGACUGGGAAAGUGCUGACAGCGUUGCUGACUUCUGUCUCGGUGCCACUGACUCUGCUGUUGACAACUGUAAUGGUCAUCCGUCUCCUCAAGUUCACUCGAAAACUCAAGGCAUACUUAGAGAACAAACUUGGCAAUUCUUUGGGUCUGUUUCUGACCCGGUUCCUGCACUUAUUCAUCGUGUUCACGUGUGUGCUCUCGUUCUUCGUGUUCGUAGCUACCCUCGUGUUCCGAGAAACAGAGCCUUCUUGGAACAUGUUAGAGGCUCUCUACUUCAGCAUAGUGUCUGUGUCCACGGUGGGAUUGGGGGACUACGUGCCUGGAUCCCAAGUGUACGGGGGUUGGAGGGAGCUCUACCUCGUGUUCUGCUCAGCAUUUCUUAUUGUGGGCGUGGUGUUUGCCCUGUUGGUUCUCGAAACCCUCUACGAGAUCCCUGAACUGGGCAUCCACGUGUACCUCCUCCCGACAGACGAGGACGAGAGCGUCUCUGGCCAAAACGACUUCGUGGACCGACUCGACAGCGACAAAGUGCCGAAUAAAAGUAACCCUACAGUUAAUUCUACGAAUAUGAUGAGUCACGGCGAUGGGGGAAAAGCGACUGAGAGGUUGAUCGGCAGUGAUAGUUCCAAGCCAUCAUAUGGUGUCAAGUAACUCAACAUAGCGCAUUUAAUAAAAGUUGGUAGUAAUUGUUUACGAGAUUAUAACGAAAUUUUUGUACUUUUUUUGACCACUUAAUGAAAAA